AUGUUUUACCGAUAUGCUUACCGUGGCAACUCGUUUGAGCAAACGUACCGCUGCUAUCCACCAUCCUUUGUUGGUAAGCCACACCUGGAAGGCGGUGACAAAGUAAUAAUGCCACAGUCUGCCCUUGAUCGUCUUGCUUCUUUGUACAUCGAGUACCCUAUGCUAUUUGAGCUGCAGAACGAUGAUGCAACCGACCAGCGGAUUUCACACUGUGGUGUUCUGGAGUUUGUGGCGGAAGAAGGCAUGAUCAUCAUGCCCUACUGGAUGAUGCAGAACAUGCGUCUUCAAGAGGGCGACAUUGUCCAUGUCAAGAACGCGACUCUUCCCAAGGGCACAUAUGCGAAACUGCAGCCUCACACGAGUGAUUUUCUUGAUAUUUCAAAUCUGAAAGCCAUCUUGGAAAAUACUCUGAGGAAUUUCUCCUGCUUAACCACGGGUGACAGCAUCAUGGUAGCCUACAACAACAGACAGUAUUACAUUGAUGUUGUUGAAACAAAGCCUGCUUCAGCAGUUUGCAUUGUUGAGACAGACUGUGAAGUGGACUUUGCACCUCCUCUUGAUUAUAAAGAACCUGAGAAACCACGGCAACCAGCAGUUCCUGCAAGCAGCAAGGCAGCACCUGCGGCUGAAGAUGGCAACACUACUGGAGUGGAGGAUGAACCAAGAUUCAAACCGUUUACUGGUUCUGGAAAGCGGUUGGAUGGAAAAACCUCAAAACUGCAAGCAUCUGAUUCUGAGGUUCCUUCCACUGCACUUUCUGCGCCUUCAGAUUCAAAGAAAAGAGCAAAUCAGCAAAUUUCAGCACCGGCAGCUUCAGUGGUUAGCAAUUACAGUCGACAGAAAACUGGGAAGCUUGUUUUUGGUUCAAGUGCAAGCAACAAUAAGGAACUACAAAAGGCUCCUGUUAAGGAGGAGGAACCCGCGAAGAAGAACGAGCCCAGGUUCCAAGCGUUCAGUGGGAAGAGCUACUCAUUGAAGCGUUAG